CUGCUUUUUGUUUCUGUUUUCGGGGUCUUUUUUGCAAUUAUCUUUUCUUCCAAAAGGAAAGAGAAGCCCUAGAAACCCUAAUCUGAAAUCUCGAGAAGAAGAAGAGGAAGGAUGUCAGGUGCGCCGCAGGAGGAGGAUAAGAAACCAGCGGAUCAGAUACACAUCAAUCUCAAAGUCAAGGGACAGGACGGGAACGAGGUGUUCUUCAAGAUCAAGCGCAGCACCCAGUUGAAGAAGCUCAUGAAUGCCUACUGUGACCGGCAAUCAGUGGAUAUGAAUUCCAUCGCUUUCCUCUUCGAUGGUCGUAGACUCCGUGGCGAGCAAACCCCUGAUGAACUUGAAAUGGAAGAUGGGGAUGAGAUUGAUGCUAUGCUGCACCAAACUGGCGGUGGUCUAAAAACUGCAACCACCUUUAGCUUUAUUUUAGCUUAAGAUACUGCAAGAUCAUGUAGAUAUAAAUGGGGCAUGAAAGUUAGCUGGAAUUUGCUGAAGCUUUUUGUUUCAGCUUUUGGCUUUGUCAUCGGGUGUCUUUGGUGGACUAGUAUGCUUUUCACGGGAUCAGGAAACCCCAUACAUUAUGUUACCUUGUUUCCGUUUUGUUCGCAUUAUGGGAUGUGCAAGCCAUGGAAGGUUUAAAUGUUACUCUCCUUCCAUUUAUGCGUCGAUUCAACAUAUGGUUUGCUAGAUGUUGCGUUAUAUAGCAGGUAAUACUUUGAUCC